AUGGCCUCAGUCUUUCAGUUUGCGCCUAAGCCAGCCAGCCUGCUUGGUUACCACCGAGUUCUGUCGCCCAGUGCCGGCGUCAAGGUCUCCCCGUUGUGCCUUGGAGCUAUGAAUUUUGGUACAGCUUGGAAAGACUUUAUGGGCGAUUGUGAUAAAGAGCAGUCAUUUAAGCUCCUCGAUGCAUUCUACGACCUGGGGGGCAAUUUCAUUGACACAGCAAACAACUAUCAAAAUGAGGAGUCUGAAAUCUGGCUAGGAGAAUGGAUGCAAGCCCGCAAGAAUCGGGACCAACUUGUUAUCGCCACCAAAUACACAACCGGAUUUCGCUCAGCUCACCGUACUACAGAGCCCCUCCAAUCAAACUAUGUGGGCAACUCUGUCAAGAACUAUAUUGACCUGCUCUACGUCCACUGGUGGGACUUCACCACCUCAGUCGAAGAAGUAAUGCAGGGCCUCAACGCUCUGGUAAACGCCGGAAAGGUCCUCUACCUUGGAAUCUCCGAUACGCCCGCCUGGGUCGUUGUCAAAGCAAAUGCAUAUGCGCGGGCGAAUGGUCUGCGCCCAUUCUCCGUCUAUCAGGGUAAAUGGAAUGCUGGUUUUCGGGACCUGGAGCGCGAAAUUAUACCAAUGUGUCGCGACCAGAACAUGGCGAUCGCUCCGUGGGCCCCCCUGGGCCAGGGAAAAUUCAAGUCGGCCAAGGCACGUCAGGAAGGGGAACAAGGCUCUGCAAGAGCCUCCUCUGUCAACGAACAUGAUGUCAAAAUCUCUGAGGCGCUAGAGAAAAUUGCGGACCAAAAGAAAACAAGCCUUCAUGCAAUUGCCCUUGCAUAUGUUCUGCACAAAGCACCAUAUGUCUUCCCGAUCAUCGGCCAACGCAAGGUUGAGCAUCUCAAAGCCAAUGUCGAAGCAUUGAGUGUUAGCCUGUCAGAGAAUGACCUCGCCGAGAUUGAUAAUGCGGCUCCUUUUGACGUCGGAUUUCCCAUGUCCUUCCUUUUUCGUGAUGGCUACAGCUCGACAAAGACCGCAGCAGACGUCUUCCUCACGAAAACAGCGGCUCAUAUCGACGUUCCUCCCCAUCUAUCUCCUGUCCACCCACGCUCGGACCCCUGA